AUGGCGACGCGGCAGACUGACGUCGACGACGUCCCGCCUCCGCCGUAUUCCGAGACGGACAUCUACUCGACUUCCGGCCAGCGCUCACACCCGUCCUCGAACUCACCGCGCAUCCCCUCCCAUCAUGGGGACGACGCCGACUCGCGCGUCUCGUCGCACGCCUCAUCUCACAGCGAAGUCAUCUACACCCCUCCGCUGACACCGCGCACCACCGCCGCUGCAGCCGGCCCUCACCACCGCGAUUCGAAUCCCAACCUAUCUAGCGGCCCGCCGCAGUUCCCCGUCGCCGCUCCUGCGUCCACCUCAUCAGUACACUCGGAAUUCGCAGCCGCCUACUUUGAAUCCAGGCCCGCGCCCACUCCGUCCCCGCGGGACCAGCUCGUCCACCUGUUCACUGUGACCCCCUCCACGACGCCGGACGACAUACCUUGCCCCCCGACCUGGGCUGUCCGCGACGUCACGCGGCAGGAUUGGGCGACUUUCACGAACUGCCUUAUCCCACACCACACCGCCGCGCGGAACGAGGCCGUCAUCAACCGCAAGCUGCAGGCCGAAGAGGAGGCCAUCGCCGCCGCUGCCGCCGCCGCCACGUCGCAUGGCGGACGAGCGGGGAACACCUCCAGCGGUGCGCGAAGUAACAGCAGCAGCCACGCGUCGGCCCAGUUGGAUCAGAUCCGCUCCGACCCGGUCACCGACCCCGGCGCAGCGGCCGCCGUCUCGGGAUUGAGGCGGGAAGACGUGGAGGCCGUGAUCGCACAAUGGAACGAGGGCUUCUUCGGCCCACGCGGCGUCGCCGUGGCUCUCCACCCCACGGUUGACGAGCUGCGUAUGCCAGGCGCCUGGGACCGGUCUUUCGACAGGAACGUUGAGAGCCCGUCUAUCCCGGGCGGGGGAAGCGGCGGCCCAAUGCGCGGGUCAUUCCCCGUGCACCCGGGCCCAGGUUUGAGCGAGAGUGCGAACGAACCCCGGGGCAGUUGGAGUUUUGGGGGCAUCACGGUCACGCCGGACGGGAUCUCGAUCGGCGACCGCAUCGUUGCGCGCAGCAACGGCAUCCGGGUGGGAAACCUGAUCGCAGACGAGAACGGCAUCCGGUUCGGGAGCAACACCACGCCGCGCGCACAACCUCACUAUGUCGGUCCGAAUUCGAGCUGGACUCCUCCCCACCCUCCCAUCCCGCCUGCCCCCCCAGCGGCCCCUGCGGCGCCCGCGCCACCUCCACAAAUGUUCGGUCCCGGUCCCGGGCCUGGCCCGUUCCCUCCCGGACCGCAUCCUCCUCAGCCAUUGGGACAUCCGGGAUCGCACGAGCACCCCUUCUUCACGGGCGGCCAUAGCCACGCCCACGCCCAUGCCCACACCCACUUCCGCCACGACAGCGGGAGCCGCGGCCGCGGUCGCCCACCAGCCAAACACCCUUCCGACCAGCGCUCAUCAUCGACAUCAUCAUCGUUCUCGUCCUCUUCCUCUACGUCUUCAGCAUCAUCCGUCGGCUCGCUGCCAGAUUACGAGGACCUCUAUGCCGCCCAGCUGCCCGUUUACCAACAGCGCGUGGCGUCGUGGCUCGCGCACCCAGACCAACCCGUCUCGAGGGCCGACAUCGCGCAGCUCCGCGAGGAAAUUCGCUCCGCACCGGAUGCGCCGGGGCAGCAGAAGCAGGACGGCGGCCCAACUACCGCAUCUGCCGCGCCGAACACGGCUGACGAGGCGGCGCUGAAGGCGGAGCUCAAAGCCCUUACGCAGGAGUGGCGCAAGCUCAAGCGCCUGCAGCGCGCGGCGCGUAAGGAGAAACGGCGGGAGCGGCGCGCGAAGCGCAGAGAGGAGAAGAGAGACCGCAGGGAACAGAAGAGGGAGCGUAGGGAGCAGAGGAGGGAGGAGAGGCGUGAGCAGAGGGGGACUAGGAGGGGCGGUGGUGGAGGUGGGGACGGCGGAGCGAGGGGGAGUCACCAGCACCAGCAACAACAUCACCAGCAACAGCAUCACCAUCACCACCACCACCUUGGUCCGGGACCCAUGCCAGCGCCGUUACCAUGGGGCGCGCCCCAGCCGUUCGUGCCACAGCCGCCCGUUAUGCACACCCCGCCCAUACCGGCCGUCCCCAUAGUCGCGCCGAACGUUCCUAACAGUUUCCCGUGGGGCUCCGGUCCCGGCAGGGGGUUCGCGCCGUCGGGCGGGUUCCCGGGAGGCGGAGGGCCAUGGGGCACGGGAUUCGGGACGGGAUGGGGCCGCGGCCGCGGCCACGGACCCGGACACGGAGGUGAGCGUGCGUUUCCGUUCACCGGCGGGCCUCUCCAUCCAUCCGGCGCGUGGCCCGUCGGCAGUGGUGGCGGCGGCGGCGGCGGCGACGACGAGAGAAGUCCAGGGGCAUCCACGCCGGCCUUGCCACCGUCGCAGGCGCUCUUCAAAGCCGUGGAGGAGAUGGAGAUGGACAUUGCCCGGAGGGUCGACGAGCUGGACAAGCUGAGGAACGAGAUCAGAGGCGGUAGCACUGUCGGGGGGGGAAGGGACGGUAACGGUCGCGGUAGGGGCCGGUGCGGGUGGGGAAGGGGCGGUGGCAGCGGCGGGAGAGCUGACGAGGAGGCCCGGAGGAUGGAGGACGAGAUCGACGAGCUGUCGAGGAACGUCGAGAAGCUCAGGGUCGAGGCGGACGCCGAGUUUGCAAGGGAGCUGGCGGCGGAGGAUGGCAAGUCUAGCGGGUGGUAG